ACAGCUGAUCGGAAUCAGGUAAUCAGGCGUUUAAUAUAAGGCAUGUUGGUAACCUGGUUCUGGUCUGUCUUGCAGUAGGCUGGGUCCUGGGAAGACGACACACCCCGUCCUGGCCUUCCCCGCUCGGAAAGUACCGCGGAGCUGCCUGUUGUGGGCACUAUUCUCAACCAAUAAACGCAUUGUUUUUGCCCAACGCCGAACGCUUCCGUCUCUUACCUGUUACCUGAGCCAUCCCGCUCACAGUGGCGCCUGAACAGGGACGUGAACCCCUCAGAUGACGGAAGGAGAAAGCCCGCUGGGCCAGGCCCUCCAGCGUCUCGCCCUCAUGCAGGAGAGCACAACGGCCCUACAACGGCAGCAGAGCGAGGCUCUCCUCGUAAUCGCCUCCAGCCAGCGGGAGGACCGUGCUCUCCUGCGGGAGCUGCUGCAGCGUCCGGCCGCCCGGGAGGCCGAGCCAGUGACCAACCCCGCCCGGCCGCCGCAGAUUGCCCUCCAGAAGAUGUCAGCCGACGACGACCCAGAGGCUUAUCUGGACAUAUUCGAGGGCACUGCGGCGGCGUGCGGGUGGCCGGAGGAGGAGUGGGCUGUGCGGCUUCUUCCCCUGCUGGCCGGGGCAGCGCAGCUAGCCGCCCACAGCCUGCCAGCGUCUGAUCGACAUGAGUACAAGCAGUUGCGGAGGGCCAUCCUGGACCGGCUCGGCAGCACACCAGAGGGACACCGCCGCCGGUUCAGGGCCCUUCCCUUCGAGGACGCUGGCCGCCCCUUCUCCUACGCGAAGCAGCUCCUCGAUGCGGCGAGGCGCUGGCUUCAGCCGGGGAUGCGCUCCGCCGAGGACGUCAUGGAGCAGGUGGCACUGGAGCAGUUUGUCGCCGGGCUGCCAUCGUCAACGGCGAAUUGGGUCCAGUGUCACCGCCCUGCCAGCCUGGAGGCAGCCGUCGUCCUCGCGGAGGACCACCUUUCGCUUCCCCAGCGGAGCAUGAAGGAGGAGCCCCGACAACCUGUCGUCCCCGCGGACCGACCCGUUCCAGCCCCAAGGAGGAGGUUCCCGACAGCAGCCGCUGCACCGCGUUCCCCUCAACCCACGACCCGGCCCCUUCCCACCCAAGCCCUACCUCAUCUCUCUCUCUCUCUCUCUCCCCAGGAUCCAGCCUCCGCCUCUGGUCGUCCGGCACCACGGGGGGCUCCUCAGGCGCCAGGGCAGGAGUGCUGGCGGUGCGGGCAGCCCGGCCACUUCCGGCGGGAGUGUCCCAUGAUGGAGGUCGGACAGUUGGUCCGGGUUGCGGGACCGCCAGUUGCCUCCCCCGGUUUAGAAGGGACGUACCGUAUACCGUAGGCUGGGUCCUGGGAAGACGACACACCCCGUCCUGGCCUUCCCCGCUCGGAAAGUACCGCGGAGCUGCCUGUUGUGGGCACUAUUCUCAACCAAUAAACGCAUUGUUUUUGCCCAACGCCGAACGCUUCCGUCUCUUACCUGUUACCUGAGCCAU